CUGUCCUAUAGGGAUGGAUGUAUAAAGAGCUAAUGGAAUGCCUAGUGUCCGAUUCCCUUUGGUGGGCUUCCAAGUUGGCCAGGGCCUUCAUCUGAGCUCUUGGACCUGAUUCCUGCUUCCAAGUGAGUCCAGCUGCAGAAACAAGCUACCAUGACCUGGCUACUGAGGAAAAUCUGCUGAUGACAGAGACUGCUAGAGAUGCUUUGCUGAAUUGUUUCCAUUGAUGGAUGAUGAAAUCUGAAGAUUUGAAGUAAUAUUGUGCCGGAUCAUAAUUCAAUACGGAGCAUUUUUGGAUAUUACUUGCUUAAGGAAUCUUUAAAGAAUGAACGAGGUUUCUGCUGAGAACAAAUGAGCUUCAUCCACAGAAUUAUUUUCUAUGGGAUUUUCCCCCUAUAUGCUUUGUGUGAAUAAAGAAAUGUUAAAACUGCAGAUAAGUUAUAUAUAAUAGCUAUUUUCAACAGAGCAAUUCAGCAUUAAAAUGCGAAGAGCAAAGCUGGUGAAAAAAUUUCUUUUCUUUGUUACUGAUCUAGGAAGGGUAGAGAUUUUAGCUCUUAUAUAUUGUUUGGUAUGAAAUAGUAUGAAAUCUCUCUCUUUUUAAACUGCAACUAAGGUUUUACUGUUAGUAAGAAAGGGCUACGGCAGGGAGCAUUCAAAGCGGAGGACAAUUUAGAGGUUGUUUGCAACUGUAGUGAUGGAGAAGAACUCUUCAGUUUAGGCUGCCAUCGCUUCCUGUGCUUUACUUGCAUGUGUCUCUGUGUGUGUUUCAUUUAGAUUUAAUUUCAAAUAGCCAGAUGUCCGGGCAGAACGAAGCUGGGUUUAUUAAGAGGAAGAAGCCACUUGGGAGAUUGUCGAGAACACCGGCGACCACAUCGGCUCUCUUCUUUUUUCUUUUCAAAAUUGUUCUGGUUUGCUUAAUUCCAUAUUACUUCCUCUCAUUCAUAAGAAGGCAGCCGGUUUAGGCAAAGGAGAUCCAGGCACAGAACUUCGAAGGCUAUGAGAGAACGGAUCCUACACAGCCUCAGCGGACACGUACUGUAUGUAGGACUGUUGAGAGACCCAGGAAUGCUUCACAGGGCUAAAUACAGCCGUUUUAGAAAUGAGUCCCCCACAUCGUUUGAGGAAGAUGGGCAGAGUAAACCUCUGCAUCUUAAAGGCUCAACGCCAUCUCAUUCCUCAAUGCCUAACAUGUCUAUAGAAGAUGUCACCACAGGGACACCAGACAGCAACAUUGCUUUGUGCACAUUGAUACCUCGCAUGGCUAAUAUUAAGCUAGCCAACCCUUCCACCCUACCUAGCUUAAAGAACUUCUGCCUACGGACUAAAGAGGUACCGAGAAUUAAACUCACAGAGUGUGUAACUGUGCCCAGCAGCCCAACCUCACCAGACAUCAGCCUAACCAGCUCCUUGUCCACAUCUUAUCCCCGGGGAGACCUGGAUAAGCUGCUGAAAGCAAACAUCCAAGAGGACCAUUUCUUGUUGGGCUCUGAAGAAUCUGCCUUCACAACCAAACAGGACAAAGACCUCGGGCAGAGGGGUGAAUCCAGUUUGCGGAUUGGGAUAUUGUAUGCUGUCCGGUAUAUGGGCUGUAUUGAAGUGUUGCAGUCAAUGAGGUCUCUGGAUUUUGGCACUAGGACACAAGUUACCAGGGAAGCAAUAAGCCGGCUGUGUGAGGCUGUGCCAGGAACUCAUGGAACCGUUAAAAAACGGAAGCCUCCAGCUAAAUUUCUGUCUCCAGUCCUUGGUAAAAGUAAUCUUCAGUUUUCCGGCAUGAAUAUCAAACUUACUAUUUCAACCACCAGUCUUACUCUAUUCAACGUUGAGACCCAGCAGAUUAUUGCCAAUCACCACAUGCAGUCCAUUUCAUUUGCCUCUGGGGGUGAUCCUGAUACAACAGACUAUGUUGCCUAUGUUGCUAAAGAUCCUGUUAAUCAAAGAGCAUGCCAUAUAUUGGAAUGUCCCAGCGGAGUAGCCCAGGACGUCAUAAAUACCAUCGGGCAAGCUUUUGAGCUCCGGUUCAAACAGUACUUGAAGAAUCCCUCUGCUUUGAUUGCUUCCAAUGAAAGAGAGGUGGUGAACCUUGGUGGAUCCACGUGGAAUAUUCGGGACAAAGAGGAUCACGAAUAUUAUAAUGAAAUCCCAGGGAAAGAGCCUCCUUCAGGUGGACUAUCGGAUACCAGACUGAAGGUGCCCACAGAACAAAGAAAGAAUGGUCCUGAGCACUCUGAACAGCAAUACUGUCCGCCUGGGAGCCCCAAAUCCAUGAACAUUUAUGAAAACUGCCCAGAGGACUACAAGGCAACAGAUAACAGCAUUGAACACAUGCAGACCACAAAGAAAGAUGCUCACAUGCUGAAAAAUGCAAGCAAAGAGGAUCUGUUUGAUGAUCCUCGAUACAUCAAUACCCAGAAUUUGCAAACCACACUUUAUACAACCAGAAGCUUCACAUCAGUACAGACCUGCGGAAGCCCAUUACAUCAUUCAAAAUCAUUGGAAAGCAUUGAGCAGAACCUUGCCAGCAACAUGGCAGGUCUUGGAGGCGUUACAGGCAUAAAGCAGCAGUUGUGGAAUGAAGAAUGCUACCAUGGAAAGUUAACCAGGAAAGCAGCAGAAAGCCUCUUAGUGAAUGAUGGGGAUUUCCUGGUGCGGGAAAGUGCAACAUCGCCCGGCCAAUAUGUUCUGAGCGGAUUGCAGAGCGGACAAGCCAAACAUCUGUUGUUGGUGGAUCCUGAAGGCAAGGUGAGAACGAAAGAUCACGUAUUUGACAGCGUGGGUCAUCUUAUUCGCUACCACAUGGAAAAUAAAUUGCCAAUCAUUUCCUCUGGAAGUGAAUUAAACUUGAACCAGCCAGUGAGGAGAAGGACUGGGCACCUCCAAUACAACAACUAAUUCUGUUGGUCCACAUCAUUCUCAAGACAAUUUGUUUUCUAACAGAAGCUCUGAAACUUGUUUGAUUUGAAGCCAACUCUGUAAAACAAAAGAUCGCACCUCUAGAUGCUGUUACAGAAGACUUCUUUUUGCGUGUGUGUACAUAUGCCAGUGUGUUCAUCUACUGACAUCUAUACAGUCCCAUUCACAUAGCUACAUGGUUAUAAUUCAGCAAAAUGAAACCGUAGAGAGCAAGAGAAGGGGAAGAGAUCAUGCACCUGAAUCACAAGGGUUCAUGGAAUUGGUAACAAAUGUAAAAGCACAAACAAACCUUCAUAAGCAAAAGCAAAGUUAACUUGAAGAAACUGCUAGGAUGUUAGUAUGCGCCUUGGGAAAUACACAGUAUUUAUGCUGGACUCUUUUUUGGUCAAAUAAAUUGGUGAGGGUCUAAAAAAAAUGAUUUCCAAAAUAUAACCCCCAAAUCAAAUGGAACUGGGGGAAAAAAGUUACUUCCACUGUGAUGUUGUUAAUACUUUGAUGGCUGCACUCCAAAACUCAUUUUCUCAUUAACAAUUCUCAUCAAUGUUGAUGAAGUGUAUUAUGGAGUAUGUAUGCUUAGGGAAAAGGCCAGUGUUUGAAGAAAAAAAAAAUCCAUGUACAACUCAGAAAAUGCCUGCCAGAUCCAUUAGCUUUUAAUUAUAGCUAAACUCUUUUUUCAGAUUACAGGUUGUUCAUUAUGAUUGUGCAACAUUUGCUAAAUUAAAUAUAUGAAUCAAGCAUAAUUUUAAAGAGUAGUUGACAAAGAUUUAGAGUUGCCACCUUUUAAAACUUUUGAUUUUAAUUAAAAAAAAACCACCUAUGUACAACAAACUUAGAAGAAAAAAGAGUGAAAAGACAGACAUAACAAAUUUGUUUUAAAAGUAUAACAAGAAUUCUAAUAUUAACGUUCUAGUAUAAAACUGAAGUACAUGAGAAAGGAAAACGGCCCUAGGAAAGGAACAAAGCUGAACUGCUUUCAUAGAGAAAGUUACCCCCUCUUUGCAACAACCAACAAUGACGUGUGCAUUUUUAAAAUUGUUUCAGAUUGUUGUCUGUGCCUUUAUAGCAGCAUGACAUAGAUUAGGUGAAGCUUUAACUUAGUAGGGCUCUCCCAUGAUUGGCAUUAGGGUAGGAGAGACCUCCUACUCUAUUUUGGAAACCUCCUACUCUAAUUUGGUCAUUGCAAGAAAGCAUUCUACAAGCAAAGUGGGAGGAAGGGGAAAUAAUAAAGUUGGGUAUAGAGGUGGGAGGCAUAGGGGAUGCUUUCCCUCCACCCUCAUGCUGGAGCUGCUGGGUACAAGUUCUGGUACCCAGAAUUUGUUGUACCCAGGUCAUAGCUAUAAUUUCCCUCUCCUCCUACCUUGCUUAUAGAAUUCGUAUGAUGGCCAGUCAGGUGAGUGCAUGGCUCUCAAAUUAAGGUGGUAGGCUCAGGGGUGUGAUUGAGCAAAAGGGUUCAAAGAACAUGGCCCCCCAGCUCCACCCUCAAAUCUUCUUCAUUAUCUCCCUCUCUCUGAGGAAGGGGUGAACAUGGGCCCCCUCUCCCCUAGCUACGCCCCUGGGUAGGCUACUUCUACCCCAAUGCUGAUUGUGAGAACAGCCUAGUAUGUUGGGUAAAGUAUCAUCUGUACAAUGUACAUAUGUCAAGUUGCUAUUUGAGAGGUAUAGGAGCUGGGCCAGCCAUAAAGAUGGCAAGCCAAAUCAUAAUUAUUUUUCAGACUCUCAGAUAUGUUACUAAUAUUGCCAAUGAGCAUUGGAGAUAUCUUUUAUUUAUCUGAAUUCUUCCAUAUGUUUACAACAUAAAAGGAGCAGAAGGAAAGCCAAAUAUACAGUAUUUUGACUAUUUUAAGCAAACUCUCUUCCCUUCUCCACAACCUUGUAUAUUUUUCUUGCCUCCUUCUUGUGUCAUCCUUUCAGAUCCAUUACCUUUCAUUUGCUCUUAAAUAGUUAAGAAAAUAAGUGUUUUAUAAACUUUGAUGCUGCCUUGUCUCUCUACUUGUCAGUCUGAAAUAUUAUGUAAAUUAAUGUAUCCUAGAAUGAUUCUGUAUCUAUAAUGUAUGUAUAAAGGAGAGACAGUAGUGCAUUUGGAGUCCUGAAAAUAAUGCUGUAAUCUCAAGCACACUCACUAGGGAGUAGGUCUUGUUGAACUGGAUGGAACUUACUUCUGAGUAAAUAUAUUUGGGACAGCACUGUACAUGGAACUGGGUGGGGAGGGGAGAGUUUUCUCAGGGUAUCUUCCUUUUUAUAUAUUAGCACAAUACCCCUGAAAUCAUAUUUUACAAGAUGUGAAUAAACUGGCAGAGCAAUCGCUGUGAUUCUCUCCUAAGAUUCCCAACACUAAAUAUUUGAAAAUUAUAAAUACAGAAUGAAUUUAGCAUUUAAAAUUGUGAACUUUAAAAAUAAACUUUGUGCAAAUGUG